GUAUUUAACAUUCUCCUCGCAGCCCUCUCCAACGGUCUCCCUCUAUCCUUUCUCCAAACACCAGACUCCUAAGUUUACUGAAGAAAAAUAAGCUCAUUAAUCAAGACUCAGUCUGACAUAGCAAAAGAAACAAGACAUAGUCUCAUGGUGAAAACUCUGGAUUUGGAGACCAUAAAGAAGAUGGAGAGGCACAUGGUCAGGGGACAAUUGUAUAAGCAUUUUGAUUUGGAGAGGAAGAAUGCCAAGCAGGCUGAAGCCAGACUGGACCGAAGGCUGCAGAGACUAAAGGAUAUUUGCCUCUACCAUGUGAAAUUGCUGACCUGGGAGCAGAGGCAGCUCCAAAAAGAACUGCAGAGGUUGCAGCAAGAAACCAUGAAGAAAAAGUUCUCCUCUUAUUUGGGGAAUGGAUUUCAGAAGAGACCAGAAGAUGUUCUCAUGUUCUCACCACAGGGAAGGCAGAAGCACAGAGCCCCACAGGCUAAGAAAAUGAGAGCAUUGGCAACCCGUAUGGCCCAAGACACAUGCAAAAGCAAGUCCCAGGUGCCUCCUUCACAUGAUGCUGGCCUCAAAGACCCCAUGAAGGGCAAAAAGCAGCCACUCUCUCAAAAUAACAGGACUGCCUGCUUCAUAAAAGAGCAACCACAAGCCCAAGAGAAAGAUUCUGUGAAUCCAUCUAAGGACGUAGACUCCAGCAAGGGCAUCUCUGUUCCAUGCCAAAAUCAAGAGGUUUCCACCAACACCAUAGAACAAGGUCCUAGUUCCAGCCCAGCUAGUGAUAGUGGAAUGGCACGUGCUGAUGAGACCAGAUCAAAAGAUGUUGCUCUAAAGCCAGAUGGGAACACUGGAAAACAAAUUCCCCCAAAACACAUGGAAUGUGCAGGAAGCUUUGAAGGCGAGUUCACAAAGCCAACCUUCUUAGAGUUGCUUUCAAAGGCCAGAAAUGCCCAUUAUCUCCGGCACAGGGUCCCCCCUGAGUCUGAGAGGUUGCUUAGCAUUGGAGAGAUAUUUGGGCAUGGGGAAUCCUCAUCAUCCAGGGCACGAAAGGAGUGUGAAAACAGGGUGCCUUCUAAGUUUCUUCCUCUCUAACCGUUUAACAUAGCCUGACAAUAACAUAUGCCGUUAUUGCUAAGGAAAUGUGUUCCUCAAAUGACUAUAUUAAGCAAUACAGAGAAAAACAAACAAACAUAAUUGAAUUACUAUUUUAUUUUAAACUCCCUAUUAUUUUCCGGGAAUAUAAUAUUUCUUGAAUGAACAAUGCUAAUAUAUGAAAAAGGAGAGGAGGAAUGAAUCUUCUGAAAAUAUUUUAAGUGAUAUGUUUAUGACGUCAUCAAAAAUAUGAAUAUAUAUUGAUGACUGGACUUGGGAAAACAGUAAGAGUCUUGCUUUCAGGGACUUCCUGUUUCCUCUAGGAGAUUCUCAUGGUGCCACCUGCUGGCAAAACGGCAUAGCUAGUCUCUCUGUUUUAGUUUGAUAUAUAGUAGUGGUAGGAAUAGGAAUGUGAUUGUAAAUAUGUACUGUAACAUGGUCUAUAAAGAAAAUCUGCUCUUUAACCACACCCACGUGCUCUCUUUGGAAGCCCUUUCCUUCUUUCCUUUAUUUACAGAUAGCUCCAUUUUAGUUUUCACCUUCCCACUUUCAACCUGCUCAUAUCAAAUUUUUUGAAUCCUAUUGAAAGAAUAAUGGACAAUCUUUUCCCUCUCGUAUCUUCUAGAAUCAAAGGAUUUAAAAAACUUUUAAUCAUCUCCCAACAUGCUGUCAAAUGCAUAGCAGACUCUAUCAAAAUGAUUUCACUGUAAAAUGAGAGGUACUAACAUUGUUAACAAGCCCUUGUUUCAAGUAGGCCUCUAUGCCUUGGGCUACACUGUAAAAGAAUCGAUUAGAUUUUGUUUCCCAUCCAACAGAUCCAAAUAUCACUCUAAAAAUAAGUAGUAUCAUAAGUCAUUAGAAAAUAAUAGCUUUUUGUUAAUGCAUUUUAAACUUACUGUCUACCUAAUAAAGUGUAGAAUAAAAUCAUCACCACUUUUUAUCUAUACUGACUCUAUCAGGAAAACCAUCUUGCCCCGUAGGUCUCAAAGAAGUCAUGCCUCUAUGGUGGGUAAAUUCAAAUCUUCAGCCCAAUAACAAACUUUAAUUCCAGAAGAAUAAACUUGAGGGCCUAUUUCAUAUCUGGCAUCAAUAGUUGAUGUAACCCAGCCUGGGAUAUUUUGAUGAAACAAGAUUAUUUAGCUCAGAAAUGAUAAAGGACCCCAACCUACUAAUAUUACAAAGGGCCUGAAAUGAAGAUUAAUUCAUAUUUAAUUUAGAGUUCAUUAAAUAUAAAUUUGAAGUAUAUUUAAUUUGAAAACAUUUCAUUUAAUUCAGAUUUAGAAUUCCUUGUGUUUAAAAAUAGUAAUUCCUAAUAGCUCCUAUUUUUCAGUACCUCCCCCUAUCCUGACACAUUCCACACAGCAUGCCAACUAAUCCUCAAAACAAUGCUGCAAAAUAGUUUUCUUUGCAAAAUAGUUUUCUUAAUCCCCAUUUUACAGAUAAGGAAAUUGAGGGAAGAGUGGUGGCAACUUGCUAAUAGAUGGCAGACUAGCAUUUGAUCUCUCUUCUACACAAUUUCCUUGCUCAUGCUCUUUCAUUACACCACACUACCACCUAUCUGAAGACAAAAACUUAGAUCACACAUGUGAGAGUCAGUUUCAUCAGCCCAGCCUCUGGCCUUCAAUGGGGAGACAAUACUUUAUAGUGAAAGGAACACAAGAAAUCUGCUUCCUCCAACAUUUUCUUCCAUGAAGCAAAGCAACAGAGGAAGGCAGGCCAGAGGUGACAGAACUGAUUGAUUCACGAAAACUUAAUUUAUUUGCACCAGCCAUGCCUGGGCCAACAGGAAUAGGCAUACAACAAUUAGAGAACCCCUUUGUAAACUGCGCAAGCUCUUUCCUAAAAGUUCUUUCUUCUUGUCUUCUACGCAAGGCUUGCCUAUCGUCAUCACAAUUCUCCCUCAAGGCUGAGUCCUGAGUGAAUGGUUUGUCACUGCUAAGUGGGUCUUUUCACUGUACUAGCUCUCACAGCGGGAAGGGGCCAUCACAAGGCAGGAGGGAGCCAACUUCAGCCCAGGCCUCUGUUCCAGGUCCACCUCAAUCCUGCCAUCUACAGAAGUGAACAUUCUGCAUGUUCCUCCUUGCUGUCUUGCUUGUGUCUUCAUAUACAUCUGACAGACCCAGAUCUGUCUGCACUUCUAAAAUCAAUAUUUUAGUACAUCCUGUUUUAAAUAGUAUUCCAUGCAUCGCCAAAAAAUUAUACAUUUAAAAAUCUUCUAACCACCUAGAUUUUAUCUUCUUAUCAUUUAGUCUAAUACAUUUGCCUUCUUCGAUACAAUGGAUGUAAUACUCUGAUUAGUACAACUUAACUCAAUCAAAGAGAACGCUGCUGCAUGGAAUCUUUCUUGUGUAACUCAUCAAAUUCUAAAGAACAGUUUAAAUCCUUAAUCCUCACGUGGCACACGGUGCUCUAGGAUGGCUUGCUCUCGACCAGUCCAUGGCCACUUUACUUAUACCAGUGGUUCUCAGCUAGGAGCAAAUGUGCCCCCUGCCCCCAGAAAACAUCUAGCACUGUCCAGAGAUAUUUCUGGUUGUCAUAAUUGAGGUGAGGGGGCUGCCACUGGAGUCUAGUAGGUAGGGACCAUAAAUUCUAUAAUACAUGGCGCAGCCCUCUAAAACAAAGAAUUAACAAGCCCGAAACAUCAAUAGCGCCAAGAUUGGAAACUCCACCCUGUGCCAUUACAUUAAAUAUUCACAGAACCUUCUGAGACAGAAAAUCAGGGAGAUACUUGCUGCCAUUUUACAGAUAAAGAAAUUGAGGCUCAUGAUAAGUAAAAUAGCUUUCUGCAUACCAGAAUGUGGAUGAGGAACAAAGACCAGGAUACUCUUUUCCCAUACUCUCCUCUCAAAGAAGAUGGGGAAUGGCAUGUGUCCGAUGGCUCCUGCCCUCGUUUUCAGUUAAGAAAUGCUUUCAACCCUACAAAUACAAAUCUUUAACAUUCAAAUUAGUAACACAUGGUUAAAACGGAUAAUUAAUACUUCAAUUUUGAGGAAAUAUUUUUUAUUACAUUCAUUCAUUCAUUCACUCAUUCAUUCAUUCAUUCAGAGAUGUACUGGGGACAGAUGAUCCCUUCCCCAUUUCCUCCCCCAUGAGGAAGAAGGGGCUUUUGACUUGUUGCCUUAACUCAUUCAAUGGGAAAAGAUUCCAUUUCUCACCUAGAGGCAGAGGCAGCUGGAAACUCCCAGAAGUAGAGGCUCAGUCUCUCACCCAGGGUCCCCAGGUUCUGGAGGCUACUGAAGAGCACCCUGAAGGGUGUCACAAUCCUCAGUGCUGGGGGAAAGUUGGGUAAGUUUUUACCAGGAACACUGGAGGGACCAGCUCCUCUCAGGGUGAAAUGAGCCUUGAAGGAAGGACAGAGGGAAUCACUCUUGGGCAAGUGUUUUGCCCUCACACCAAGAGUACCAGGGAAGCAGAGGGUACCAGUCUAAACAGAUGUCAGCAGCUCUACCUCACCAAUGACAGCCAGAAUAGCAAGCAACCACUGCAAAAAAAAAAAAAAAAAAAAAAAAAAAAAAAAAAAAAAAAAAAAAUGGAGAGGAGCCAGAGGUGUGUGGACCAUUGCGUGAACCAACUCAUUCCCUCACCUCCAUCCACACCUACUGGGUCAGGCAUUCAGGCACUGAAGACAGAAUAAGGGAGAGCGGGCAGCCAGGUCCUCCUUUUCUGCCUGAGGCCACUGCAGUAGAACAGAAGUUCCACGGGUGGAGAAGAAAGACUUUAAACUGGACGAGAACCAUAAAUAAUAAUAACCUAAAUGCAGUUAAAUGAAUAUCUACCAGAAAUAAAACUUUUAAAACAGAA